AUGCCUGUCCCGGCUGCGGUCGCAGCUUAUUCCUACGUCAAUGCUCGAACCUCCUUGUGGUACGACAGACAAUUACUAACCUGCGCACUACCCGCGACUCUUUCCGCUCUCUGGCGCGAACGAACCGAUCGAUUGAACGGGUUCUACGUCCUCGAACGCGCUGCACUAAACAAAUCCUCGGCCAAUCGCACAUUGAUUAUUUUCGAGGGCAAGACAUACACCUACCGGGAGACGUAUGACCAGGUCCUGAAAUAUGGUACCUGGCUACGGGAACGCUUCGGCGUCAAGCCCAAAGACAUUGUCGCCAUAAACUUCCAAAACUCCGACGUCUUCAUUUUCUUGUGGCUCGGCCUCUGGUCCAUUGGAGCUAAGCCGGCGUUCAUCAACUACAACUUGACGGGCAAGCCGUUGGCACACUGCGCCAAGGCUGCGAAGACAAAACUAAUGCUCAUUGACCCCAACGUCGUCGCCAAUGUCGGUGACGACGUGAGGAGCGAGUUGGAUACCGUGCAGUUUGUCGUGCUCGAUGAUGCUUUGCAUCGAGAAAUCGACGCUAUUAAGCCCAGGCGUGCGCCCGAUUCUGACCGAUCCGAAAGCCAGUACCAGAACUUGGCCGUCCUCAUCUACACAUCCGGGACGACUGGCAUGCCCAAGCCGGCCAUUGUAUCCUGGGCAAAGUGCGUUGUCGGAGGUGUUUUCACAUCAAGGUUUACUGGCAACUCUUCAAGCGAGGUUUUCUACACCUCUAUGCCACUGUAUCACAGCUCUGCCGCCCUUCUGGGGUUCCUCAACUCCCUUGAGGCAAACGGAACUAUCUGUAUUGGGCGAAAGUUCUCGACAAAACUGUUCUGGGAAGAGGUUCGCUCCUCUAAGGCCACCAUUAUCCAGUAUGUCGGCGAGACGUGUCGAUAUCUUCUGGCUGCGCCGCCUCAGCUCGAUCCUGUCACGGGCGAAAACCUCGACCAAAAGCACAACGUGCGCGUGGCCUUCGGCAAUGGGCUUAGACCAGACGUGUGGAACAGGUUCAAAGACAGAUUCGGGAUCGACACCAUUGCCGAGUUCUAUGCCGCGACUGAGGGCUCCUUUGGAACCUGGAACCUGAGCCGGAACGACUUCGCCAAGGGCGCUGUUGGGAGAAACGGCAUGCUCUACAGUCUCGUGCUGGGUCUUGACGUCGCGCUUGCCCAAAUGGACGAGAAUAACGAAGCACCACUGAGAGACAAGAAGACUGGCUUGUGUAAGCCCGCCAAAUCUGGGGAGCCAGGAGAACUCAUGUUCAGGCUCUCUCCGAACGACCUAGAGCGCCGCUUCCAGGGCUAUUACGGCAACCCCGAUGCUACACAGGCCAAGAUUAUGCGCGACGUCUUUUCGAAAGGAGAUGUAUGGUUUAGGACAGGCGACGUGGUACGGUGGGAUUGCGAAGGACGACUCUAUUUCUCCGAUCGUAUAGGCGACACGUUCCGUUGGAAGAGCGAGAACGUGUCGACACAAGAGGUCGGUGAAGCGGUGGGUUCGCAUCCGUCAGUUCAAGAAGCCAACGUAUACGGCGUGGAGUUGCCGAAUCACGACGGUCGUGCUGGAUGUGCCGCGGUCGUCCUCCACGACCAGCCAUCGGAAGAUUUGAUGAAGAGCAUCGCUCAACAUGUGAAGAAGUCACUACCCAAGUACGCUCUGCCGAUCUUCCUGCGCAUCAUGCCUCCCAAUGCUAUGCAGACGACCGGUACCAACAAGCAGCAAAAGCACGGGUUACGGGCACAAGGUGUCAAGCCAGGCAGCAGUGGUGCUGGGACUGUGUACUGGCUGAAGGACGACACAUAUGUGCCUUUCUCGAACCGGGACUGGGAUGAGCUCAACGGUGGGCGGGUGAGACUGUAG